AUGCCGCUGCUGGGCUUGUCUAUAGCUCAUAUGUUUCAACUAAGCCCUGAACAUUCUCUAGGAUUGAUCUCCAUAGCAACAUGUCCGGGUGGAGCAUUCUCAAAUGUUUUGACUUACUGGACGAGGGGUGACACAUGUCUAAGCAUCUGCAUGACUACCUGUUCGACUAUGAUUGGUAUUGGUAUGAUGCCACUGAAUCUUUACAUCUAUAGUCGUAGCUGGUCAGAUGCCGCAGCAGCUAUCCCAUAUAUAGACAUCAUCAUUUCUUUAACUGUUCUCUUAGUUCCAUGUAGUAUUGGAAUGUUUAUAUUGUGGAAGUGGCCGAAAGUCGCUGGAUAUAUCGCACAAGCGUCAAGCGUUCUGAUGAUGGCUGCUAUACUCACCGUCUUAGGACUGAUCUCUGCCAUCAAUCCCACCAUAUUUUACGCUGACUGGAAACCACACGUUGUAUCAGCCGUUUAUCCACUUGUCGCUUUUGGGUUCGGUUACCUGAUUCCAUUUAUAUUCCGCCAAAGAGGUCCAAGAUGUCGCACUAUUGCUUUCGAGACAGGAGUACAGAACUCUGCAUUGGCGUUGACCAUCAUUAACCUGAUGCUGAGCAGAGGAAAAAAUGUUCUUGCUAUGAUGGUAAUACCAAGUCUUCACGCGAUCUAUUUAGUAAUCGAGUUUUUAAUCGUAAUGCUGGCUUUUAGAUACUACUUCCACACACAAGAUAAGAAGAAGGACCAGGAACAAGCAAAACUAAAGAUGAACGAUAUACUUGCUGAUUUGACAGUCGACCAGAAAUCUAUAUCAAGUGAAAUGAAGCAGGCCGAAUGGAGUACAGCGGCAAAACCAAAACAAGAGGAAACAUGGAAGUCUGCACUAGUGUAUGCUGCCUCGGUUAGAAAGAAUGGAAACCGAGAGAAGAGUGACAGCGAAAUACAAACUGAAUACUACCAUAAUUGUAUGUACGACUCACGAGAGACAGUCACAGAUGAUGUUUUUUACACGAUACCCAGCCCUAUUAAUGGCCACAUCAUUCCACCAAGACAUCACGCAAACGGUAACAUUACUCAUUACUCCAACGGUGACGUUAAUUCGUCAAGAAGUGAUCAAGCCAACGGUGACGUCACGCCUCUGAGACUCCCACAGGAUUGCAUGGCAAAUGCAUAUUACAACCCAACGUUCAUUCUCGGACCUGGAGACGUUGUUUGCUUUGAAUCUAAUGUGUAAUAUA